UCUUCUGAUUGGCUGAGCUGCGUUUCUCUCUCAGACGCUCCACGGCUUAUGAAGAUGGUCUUGUUGCAGUUCAGGAAUGGGGUUGCAAACAAUACGUAAGCACAACAGUGUGACAAGGAACACUAGCAAUCAUUUCCCAGCAAAUACAUACAUCACAAUACUACACUUCACUUGAUCAGUAUCAUAAUAUUGUCAAGGUAGUACUGUAUCUUCAAUCCAAGAUCAAAGGUCAAUGCAUUCUAUUAGAAGUGGUGGUCUGGCACUAUGGCAGAAACUUUCCUAGACGCGAAGGAUGCCAAAUCCCUCCUCAAGCGUCUGCCGAGGGCUAACGGCUUCCUGGAAGAGUUCCGUCAGGGCAACAUUGAGCGCGAGUGCAACGAAGAGAUCUGCAGCUACGAAGAGGCCAGGGAGGUCUUUGAGAACCAGGAGAUGACGAUGGAGUUCUGGAAGACCUACUACACCGUGAGCACCAACCUUGACCCGCAGACUGAGCACUCUGACACCAUGUACAUGGUGGUGCCCCUGUUGGGCGUGGCCUUGCUCAUCAUCAUCGCGCUCUUCAUCAUCUGGAGGUGCCAGCUUCAGAAAGCCACACGCCGCCGUCCCGCUUACUCCCAGAACCGCUACCUCACUAACCGGACCUCCCGAAGCCUGCCCCGCAUCCUGGUGCACCGGGAGCCCUCGCACAUGACCACAGAACUGCCUCACCACGAGCCCAGCGCCAGGGCAGGGGCAGCUAGCAGCGGGCAUGCCAACCGGACACUUUAUGUUCAGGACACUUCUGUCUCUGUUGCCUCCCGGCUCUCCAGCGCCACACCACCCCCUUCUUACGAGGAAGUCACUGGACAUGUGGAGAGCAGCAGCGAUGAAAACAGCGCCCCCUACAGUGACCCGCCACCUAAGUAUGAGGAGAUUGUAAGACAGAAGUGACCAGAACCCCCAUCACCCCCCCUUUACAGGAAAAUACGAAACCGGACGCCUUCGCCUUAACUUGAAUUGUUAAAAAACAAUAGAAAGAAAAAGCACAACAACAAAAGUUUACUAUAAUAUAUAGAAUAGAGAAGGGGGUAUAUGGAGAAUGUCUUCAAUUAGAGCAAAGCAAUAGGAGUCUGGUUUCAGGAAAGUCAUUUCUAAUGACCGUGACCCCUAGAAAUUCCCUGUGAUCUCUGACAUUUAGGGUGGUGAACCUCUGGAGUAGUGUUGUGAUUGGUUAUUGAGAUUGGAAUGUAUUCAAACAGCUUUCAUGAUUAGCUGAACAGUGAAGCUGCAGGAUCUCUGUGCUUUUAAUGUUUUCUUACUCCUACAAUUGCUGGGAGUGUUAAGAAAGAACAUUGCAAGGAUCUAUUCAGGCAGAACAGAGCUUCUGUAAAACCUUGAGGGAUGGGAGAGCCAGGAGAGUGUGCCAAGAUUAUAGCUGAGGGAGACCAGGUACUGCGAGCUGUUGAAUGAAGGUCUGUAUUCAGCCCUGCAGUCCAAAGGUCUCUGUGAACUCUCUGUGCAGAGGCCUCUCCACACUGUACAGAAUGUUAAAGGAGGAUUACUGAUGAAAGUCUCCAGCUGAAAAUACAGUUAUGGAAUGGACCGAUGAAAAUUCUCAAACACCUGAUGCCUUUCAAUGACUCUGCAUUCUUGAGAAUUUGUCAAAUUUAAAAUGAGACACACAUAAAUACUUGUGAAUCAGCAAUCAUUUAGUUGACCUGCUACUGUAUCAGUGGUAGGUUUAGGGGUGGGUGGGUGAGUGGGUAAGGCUAUGUUUUUAAAAGUGUUCUAAAAUGGAAUGUUUUGGUGUUCUAAAGCACAGCUGCACAGCCAUUGAUCACUGUAUUCAAUCAGGGUUAGAACUGAACAGGUGACCCUUUAGAGUCCGGUUUAGUGGAAAGAGGAUGCGAGUAAAUGUUUGACUGAGCCUAGUGGGAGGAACUAGCAGUCUUGAGGUUUUGUUAUAACCUGGACAAUAAUAUUCUUUCUUCACUGCGUUCGCGUUAACAGAUCUACAGUAGCCAACUCCACCGAAGUGGUUUGUGCAAUACCUUUUUAUCCAGUAAAUUAAAUUUAAUUGUUUUAAAUGAGUUCAAUUCUAAAUGUUUUAGGAAAAAACAGCCUAAAGUGUGGAUAAUUUCACUUACAGUAUUACAGUUUUUGCUCCCAUAAACAAAUGCUAAGCACACAGGAGUUCUGUAAUGUGUUCGAAAUUCCCCAGUUCUGUUCUAGCCCUGAUGGUGUUUUUACAGAGACACGCUGUUUUGAGUGCAGGUGGACAGGAUUGAAAGACCUGAAGCCAGCAGGCUGUUUGCUUCCCUGCUAGAGUAGUAACAGGUUGCCAGCCCUUGAUCUGUCGGCCUCUGUGGACCUGCACUCAAGUUCUGGUUAACUUUACAGCACACACGCAUGAAACGGAUAAGGAUAUCCUAGCUUUUCUUUCUUUCUCUCUUUAUUGUGUAUGGUGAAUGGAAGGCUGUCAUACCUUUGUCAAUGUGUACUUUCUGUUUUCCUUUUUUUUUUUUUUUUUUU